CCCGCGACCCGCCUUCUCCCGCCGCCGACAAAAGCCCCGAGCGGCCGCCGGCGCCGCGCCCGCUCCCGCUGCUGUCCCGCCCGCCCAGCUCAGCGCAGCUCAGCCGCAGGAUGCCAAACUGGGGAGGAGGAAAGAAGUGUGGCGUCUGCCAGAAGGCAGUGUACUUUGCUGAGGAGGUGCAGUGUGAAGGCAGCAGCUUCCACAAGUCCUGCUUCUUGUGCAUGGUCUGUAAGAAGAACUUGGACAGCACCACUGUUGCUGUGCAUGGAGAGGAGAUCUACUGCAAGUCCUGCUACGGGAAGAAGUACGGCCCCAAGGGCUAUGGUUACGGGCAGGGAGCAGGGACCCUGAGCACUGACAAGGGCGAGUCUCUGGGAAUCAAAUAUGAAGAGGGCCAACCUCACCGACCCACCAACCCUAAUGCAUCCAGAAUGGCCCAGAAGGUUGGAGGUGCUGAUGGGUGCCCUCGCUGUGGUCAAGCAGUGUAUGCAGCUGAGAAGGUGAUUGGAGCUGGAAAGUCCUGGCACAAAUCCUGCUUCCGCUGUGCCAAGUGUGGCAAAAGCUUGGAGUCCACCACCCUGGCAGACAAGGACGGGGAGAUCUACUGCAAAGGUUGCUACGCCAAGAACUUUGGUCCCAAGGGCUUUGGCUUUGGGCAAGGUGCAGGGGCACUGGUCCACUCGCAGUGAGGAACUGGGAGCCAGGCUCUCUGCUUGCUCAGGGCUUGUCCAUGCCUGCCUGUGCUGCCCAGCCCUUCCCAGCCCUGCAGCCAUAACCUGUCACCAUCAUCAGUAACCACCCGCUGCUGCCUCACAGCACCAGCCCCUUCCUCCCUGCCCUGACCCGGUGCACCCAGAGGCCGUGGGACUCAGGGUGUCAUCCCCAUCAGGUCCUGCUGCUGUGGGUGCUGGAGGGGAGACAGCUCCUGCCUGCCCACAGCAAGGCCCCUGGCCCUGGCCAGCCCGCCGGGAUUCGUGCUCAGCCGUGCUGUGCCGUGUCACCGAACCACCAAUAAACGUCAGAGCUGACCCA